ACACACAUGCCCCUGGCUAAGGAUCUCCUGCAUCCCCCUCCAGAAGAGGAGAAUAGGAAACACAAGAGAAAGUGCCUGGUGCAGAGCCCCAGUUCCUAUUUCAUGGAUAUGAAAUGCCCAGGAUGCUGUAAAAUCACCACCGUCUUUAGCCAUGCACAAACGGUAGUUUUGUGUGUUGGCUGUUUCACUGUCCUCUGUGAGCCUACAGUAGGAAAAGCAAGGUUUACAGAAGGAAGCUCCUUCAGAAGGAAGCAACGCUAA